UGUUUGUGGGAAGGCAACAGGGAAACUAAUUGAUUUGUAGCAGCUGCAGACUUGUGAGAAAGCAUGGUGCCUUGCAGGGGAGCAUGGCAACUCCUGGAGAAGCAAGCUUUCAGUUGUGGUGACUGCUGAAGGGUCAGAUGGUGUAGACAAAAGUGGCCUUCUUAUGCUUCAGUUUCCAGAUUGAGUUUCUCUGUUAGCAGCAACAGCAGGAAGUUUGUUGUGUGUGUGUACUUUUUCAUCACCAAUGUGUAGGAAUUGAGAAGCAAUGGAAGGCCUAUGGAUUCUGAAUCAAUGGACAGCUUAAUAGGAAGCUUUCUUCAGCCUCCAGCUAAAAUGAUUCCUGCACCCUUUGUUUGUGGAGAACCAAAGAAGCAGGCAGUUUCUGGUGACGACGGGCCUUCUAUCUACUAUAACCAAGCUGUGGUGGCAGCCCUGAGAACUCUUCAAGAAAAGAUCCACCGUCUAGAGCUGGAGAGGACGCAGGCUGAGGAGAAUCUGUGCAGCCUUUCUGAAGCAGCUGCUCAGUAUAAGAAGGCCUUAGAACAUGAGUCCUUCGAAAAUGACACAGCACAUCACGAACAACAGAGGAAAGAUAUAAGUGUGCAGUUAAAUGCAGCACAGUCCCGCUGCUCCCUGCUGGAGAAACAGCUGGAUUACAUGAGGAAAAUGGUUGAGAGCGCAGAACUGGAAAAUAAAAUGAUUCUAGAACAACAGAAAGAGAAAAAUCAGAACCAGAUGGAACUGCAUACAAAACUUGAAAAACUUGAAGUGCUAGAAAAAGAGUGUCUUAAACUUACUGCUACUCAGAGAAUUGCAGAUGACAAAAUCAAACACUUAGAAGAAAAGCUUUGUAAAGAAGAGCAUCAGUACAAGCUAAUAGAAGACAAAGCUGCUCAGCUACAGACAGAACUUGAGAUAUACAGAAUUUUGAUGUCUUCAGAUUCAUCUGAAAGUGGACCUAGAAAGAGAAGCAGGAAGAAAAGAAGUCCUAAGAAGAAAAAUCCUAUAAUGAAGGAAAUGCAUCUUCCACAAUUUCAUGUAAAGGCAGGUGUACUACCUUUUGUGGCUGGGAAGUCUGUCAGCUCCAGCCAUUCUCUUAGUGCAAAUGUACAAAGUGUGUUGCAUAUUAUGAAACAUCGCAAUCCAUGUAUCUCAUCACAAAGACAAGAUCAAAAUGCAUCUGGAAGUUCAGGACAAACGACUCUUUCAAAAUCUGUAUCCUCAUCAUCUACUGCCACUAGAAGUCUUUCUGACCUUCUGUUGGGCAUACAGGAUGAGCGGAGCCAAAUGAGCUUUGAACAUCAAGAACUUCUGAUGCAGAUCCUGGACACUCAGGACUCCAAAAUUCGUGGAGAUCUAGAACAGAAGCUGAAUUGCCUUAUAAAACAAAUGGACGUUAAAGGAGAACAAAUAUCCAAUUUGAAAAAACACCAGAACAGCGUGCAGAAAUUAAAGCGAAAGACUCAGAAACUGAAGAAAGAGGCAGCUCAUGUCAAACCAAAAUAUGGUAACCAAAAGGAUGCAAAGGAGAUUACAGUCACUGUAAGGGAAAGUACGUCCAAAUCUCAUGCUGGGCAGAAAAGCAGAAGCUCCCUUCAGCUGCUAAAAAAUGUGCAGAAGCUUCAGUCGACACUGAAAAAAGAUGACAUCAUGUGGGAACAAUAAUUCUGAAAUUAGAAGUUUUUGAAGUUGUCUGACAGCUAGUAAAUUUUGAAUUUUACAAAGUAGCUUUUAAAAAUAAAAUAAAUAUAGCAUUUCACAUUCUAAACUGUCUAAUGACUGGUAGGUCAGUUUGUUCACCUCUACUAGCUUUCAUGUAGCAUAGCUAUAAUUCCAGUACACUGAAUUGUAAUGAAAUGUUUCAUGGAUUAAUGAAAUGCUUAUUAAUUAACUUGCCAAAUAAACUCAUACCUUUUUCGACUUAAGAUAA